GCAGCACUUCUGCUACAAACAACACAUUUUUAAGUAUCUAUGGUUUCACGCUUGCUUAGGCCGUUUGCUGCGGAACACCGCCCCCUUUCUAAGGAUUUACAAUUAUUAAAACAUAACGGAAGGGUUUUUCCCGACUUCAAAAUAUCAGGGAUCCAGGAGAAUUCUUGCAGAAGCGUGAGAUGAAAUGACAACGUCUACAUUACAGAAAGCUAUCGAUCUCGUGACCAAAGCUACCGAAGAGGACAAGGCCAAGAACUAUGAGGAGGCCCUGCGUCUGUACCAGCACGCGGUCGAGUACUUCUUACACGCCAUUAAAUACGAGGCGCACAGCGAUAAGUCCAAGGAGAGCAUCCGGGGGAAGUGCGUGCAGUACCUGGACCGGGCCGAGAAGCUCAAGGACUACCUGAAGAGCAAAGAGAAGCAGCCGCACGGGAAGAAACCUGUGAAGGAGGCGCAAAACAAUGACAAGAGUGACAGCGAUAGUGAGGGUGAGAACCCAGAGAGGAAGAAGCUGCAGGAGCAGCUGAUGGGUGCCAUUGUCAUGGAGAAGCCCAACGUCAGGUGGAGCGAUGUGGCCGGACUGGAAGGAGCCAAAGAGGCCCUGAAGGAGGCAGUCAUCCUGCCCAUCAAAUUCCCACACCUUUUCACAGGUAAGCGCACUCCGUGGCGGGGGAUCCUGCUCUUUGGUCCUCCUGGAACAGGGAAGUCUUACCUGGCCAAGGCUGUCGCCACGGAGGCCAACAACUCCACCUUCUUCUCCGUCUCCUCCUCCGACCUCAUGUCCAAGUGGCUGGGAGAGAGUGAGAAGCUGGUGAGGAGCCUGUUUGAGCUGGCCCGGCAGCACAAGCCCUCCAUAAUCUUCAUAGACGAGGUGGACUCGCUCUGCGGCUCCCGCAACGAGAACGAGAGCGAGGCCGCGCGCCGCAUCAAGACCGAGUUCCUGGUGCAGAUGCAGGGUGUGGGCAACAACAACGACGGGAUCCUCGUCCUCGGAGCCACCAACAUCCCUUGGGUCCUGGACGCCGCCAUCCGCAGGAGGUUCGAGAAGCGGAUCUACAUCCCCCUGCCGGAGGAGCCGGCGCGGUCGCAGAUGUUUCGGCUGCACCUGGGGAACACGCCGCACAGCCUGAGCGAGGGGGACCUGCGGGAGCUCGCCCACAAGACCGACGGCUACUCCGGCGCCGACAUCAGCGUCAUCGUACGGGACGCCCUGAUGCAGCCCGUCAGGAAGGUGCAGUCUGCCACACACUUUAAAAAGGUCCGAGGGCCGUCACGCAGCGACAGCUCGGUGAUGGUGGAUGACCUCCUGACCCCCUGUUCCCCUGGCGACCCCGAAGCCAUAGAGAUGACCUGGAUGGACGUGCCAAGCGACAAACUGAUGGAGCCCAUUGUGUGCAUGUCGGACAUGCUGCGCUCGCUGUCCACCACGCGCCCCACAGUGAACACAGAGGACCUGCUGAAGGUCAGGAAGUUCACCGAGGACUUUGGGCAGGAGGGCUGAGGGGGGCGGGGCCAGAGAGGUCCCGCCCCAAAGUGGGCCGUCCAAUCCCGAGCCGGCAAGACUAAAGGAGGGUCCCGCCUUUCAUGGUUUUCACCUGACCGCCACCUUCUCAAGGUUCACACGCUGACAGGCUCUCUUCACUCGUUUGUCCAGUAGGUAGCUUUUCAUUUUUUUAAUUUAUUUUUGAGAAUGAUAGGAGUGUAUAGUUUUGUGAGUGUGUGUGUGUGUGUGUGUGCGUGCGCGCGCAUGUUGUGUGCACAUAUGUGGAAGUGCUCCUGGACCAGGAGUGUUCAGUUUGUCCCAUUAAUUCAGUUCAUAAUUCACACAUGAAGCAUUGCUGACCAUUGAUCAAUCUGUCCGGGUCCUGUCCAGGAUCAGACGAGCAGUAUUACUUAUUUAUAUUAUUAUUUAUUAUUUAUUUGCUUUUAAAACAGGAUCACUGCAUGAAAGUUAAAGUGUGUAAGUCUGCACUCUACUAAAAACUGAGCUACUGAACUGACAUCAUAACCCGACUCUUCACAACCACAUGGUAGAAUUACUCCACAUGAGUAAAGGCUUCUCAGUUAAAAUAUUUUUGAAAUGACCUAAAACACCGUGAUGGUACUUACCGGUCCCCAGUGAUGGGAUAGUGAGGCUUCGUGGAACCAUGUAGGGGGUGGAGCUACUUCUCUGGCAUCAGUAACUGGUAAAAACCAAUCACGAUUAUUUUCCUUAGCAGAGACUCUUGAUUGGUUCAGUCAUAAUGCAUGAUAGCUCCACCCACUUGAACAGGGACACAGCCAGAAUGAGCUAUAAAUGUAAAUAUUGUCUGAUGAAGCCUCAGUCUGCCAUCACUAAGUGAGACAUUAUGUGGAGUAGCUCUGACAGGCAAACACGACUUCCGCUCUUUGUGCCAUUCUACUGUCUCUAGUCUCAUUUGCUCCAACACUCCUGUCUUGCUGUGUCUGUACAAUGAAAUUUAAUGGUACCUUUCAUCUGGAAUGGUGUGAUCUCCACGGAGACCGUUCUGCUGUCGCUAUGGCGACCAGCGUAACCUGGCCUCAUUAAAACUUGCUGAAUUCUGAAACAA